UCUGGCUCCUUGGUGUUUCUCAGAUUAAUUUUGAGGAUUACUGAUAAUCCCUGCAAGUGGAAUAAAUUGCUGCAGUGACUUAAACACUGAUCAUCCCACUUCAGACUUAUGGGACCUCCGAUUGAUGAGAACCACCAGUAAAGAAGAGCAUCAUGUUGCAUGGAGUUGCUAUUUUUUAAGACAAAUUUACAGUUGAUAUAAAUCAUUUUACCAGAUUUUUUUUUUCUGUUUGAAAAUAAAAAACAAAAAUUCAAACUGGAGGAGUAGCCAGGAUCUUAUCCCAGCGUCUUUACGAGCAUGUCAGCGAUGAUCUCCAUGGUAUCAAGCACCAGAGAUACUCCUGAGGAGUUCAGCAGCGUGAGCAGAAGCUCAGUCUGGAUGGAGGUGCGCAGGAAUUCCAUUCCCCCGACACAGAGUCUCACUGCUAAACAUCUACUUGCUUACCUGCCCAAACCACAGACAGAGACCAUGCACUGCCCUCCCUACACUUACAAGGCUGCAGCUAAAUCUGCAGUGGCUUCUAUGAUAAACCCAAAAACAGCCUCUCUCAUCCACAGUUUGACCCUCCCCCCAUCUCAGAAUGAAUCUGCUGUUCAGGCACUGAGCCCCUGCAGUCAGUCCUCAAUUCCCCACCAGUUCUCAGUCCAAGGAGCUGCUCUGGAACCAGUGGAAGAGAACCCAAAGCCUCAGAGGGUACAUCGCAGUAGACAUCUUAAACGUUUCAGCUCCAAAUGGCAAUCUAGAGGUUCGACCAGCAGUAGUAAUAUUCCACUCCAUGGUGCUGAGAAGCUGAAUGGUACCAAGAGUCACAAGAAACGCUGUAAGCUGCUCGGGGAUGAGAACUCAAUACAUGUUAGUGCGGGGAAUCAGCGUCAGCGUUAUGUCACUAAAGAUGGCAAAUGCAGGGUCAAUCUGGGACCAAUUGAAGAUAAGAGUCGCUUCCUCUCAGACAUUUUUACCACAUUAGUUGACCUCAAGUAUCGCUGGUUCCUCCUUGUCUUUACUCUAUGCUACAUUCUUACAUGGAUGGCCUUUGCCCAAAUUUACUAUUUAGGUGCCUGGCUUCGUGGUGACAUCAUACAUGUCCAUGACCCUGAAUGGCAAGCAUGCUUUCAAAAUGUUGAUGGGUUCCUGUCAGCCUUGCUGCUGUCUUUGGAGAGCCAGAGAACUAUUGGGUACGGCUCCAGGAUGGUCACAGCCAACUGCCCCGAGGGUGUGGUCCUCCUUAUGAUCCAGUCCAUCAUCGGCUCCAUUAUCGAUGCUCUGAUGGUAGGCUGCAUGUUUGUAAAAAUCUCCCGGCCACAGCAGAGAGCACAAACACUAAUCUUCAGCAAGUACUGUGUCAUUUGUGAGCGUGAUGAAAAACUAUGUUUGCUCUUUCGCAUUGGUGACCUGAGAGAGAGCCACAUGGUGGACGCCAAGAUCCGCGCCAAGCUGAUCAAGUCCAGGCAGACCAAAGAAGGCGAGUUCAUCCCACUGGAGCAGUCAGAAAUCAAUCUAGGCUAUGACACAGGGGGGGACAGACUCCUGCUGGUGGAACCACAGACCAUCACUCAUGUCAUUAAUGAGAGCAGUCCAUUCUGGGCAGUGGGGGCUGAGAAUCUAAAGAGGGAGACUUUUGAGAUCAUUGUCAUCCUGGAAGGCAUUGUAGAGGCUUCAGGAAUGACAUGCCAGGCCCGUACGUCAUACACCGAGGAUGAAAUCCUGUGGGGCUGCCGGUUUGAGUCAUGCAUUUCCUUGGAGAAGGGAGCGUUUCGUGUGGACUACAGUGUGUUUGACAAAACCUUUGAAGUCCAGAUGACCCCAGACAGUGCAAAACACAGGAGCUCAGCAAAGAAAGAAGUUCUGUUUUAGUUCAUGUAAACCUAUAAAGACCCAAACUUCCACCACCAAAACCAUCUACUUAUAUAAAAUGUUUAAUACCUGUUGAUCCACUGAUCUUGUCAAUGCAUGUAAAUG